GUACUGUAAAUCCUAACAAAAAAAGUUAUUUACAUAGGCCUACUUUCGACUACCUAUUCGAAUUGUUCAAGUUGAUUAUUUUUUUACUUAUUCAUACUUAUGAAGAAAAAAAAAAUGCUUCAAUGAGACUAAUUAUUAGUUAUUAAUCUGAACAAAUAAUCAAUAGCACAAUAUUAGUAAAGAACUGAAAUGGCUGCCAGAUUAACUCCAAGUAUUCCUCUACCUCUAAACCCAGAUGUACUUAAGGAAAUUGUAGAAAAAGCAAAAGAUUGGGCACUAAUGCAUGGUGCGUGUAUGAGAUCAAAAACUAAUUUUUCUGAAGACUCUUUAUACUUUGCCCCAUUUGCUCUGUUGCCCUCAACAUUCCCUACAAGGGAGUAUAAUCGAGCAGUCGCACUGCAGCCUGUGAUAAAUGAGUUGAUGCACAAGGUGGCGCACGAUCACGAUUUCCUAGAGGAAAGUCUUAAAAAUACUAUAAAAGUUGAUGAGUUCACUGGUGGCUUGUACAAAGUCUACGAAAAAGUGAGAAAGGAAGGUUUUGGUCAGCGGCUCAGUCUUGGACUGGUGAGGGCCGACCUAAUGUUGGAGACGUGUAAAUGCGAGGUCAGUGUCCGGCCGUCAGGUAGUUGCGGUUGUCGUCACACCAAUCCAUCUUGUGUCUCGUACUGCUGCUGGAAACAGGUUGAGUUCAAUACCAUCGCCGCAGGCUUUGGUUGGUUAGGCCCUGCGUCCGGCCUAAUCCACAGAUAUGUCUUACAAGAACUGGGGUAUCCACAGCUACUUAAGAAUUUACCUGAAAACCCAGCUUUAACUGGGCUCUCCAACGGCAUGCUGGAAGCAUGGGACAUCUUUGGAAACAAAAAUGCUGUCAUACUGUUUGUCAUUGAAGAUGUGACAUACAACAUAUGUGACCAACGUUUCCUGGAGUUUGAGAUACGAAAAAUAAAUCCAGAAGUAAGAAUUAUUCGAAGGACACUUACUGACAUAGCCAACACAGCUAAGCUGGGUCCAAAGAAAGAACUUAUGGUGGGCCAGGAUACAGUGGCUGUGGUGUACUUCAGAGCUGGCUAUGAGCCUGGCCAUUACCAUUCACAGAAAGAGUGGGACGCUCGUCUGUUGAUGGAAUUGUCCACCGCUAUCAAGUGUCCCAGCAUUCAUUACCAUCUUGCGGGUACAAAAAAGGUUCAACAAUCCCUUGCCAAACCUGGUUGCCUAGAACGAUUUUUGGAUGACAGUAAGAAAAUUCAAGAAAUUCAAGACAUUUUCACAGGUCUUUACUCUCUAGACUUGGAUGAUGCGGGUAAUACGGGUGUGCAGAAAGCUCUCUCGUCGCCAGAGAAGUACGUUUUGAAGCCGCAGAGGGAAGGAGGUGGCAACAAUGUUUACGGAAGUGAAAUCAAGGAGGCGCUGCUCAACAUGGCAGACUCAGAGGAGAGAUCUGCGUGGAUACUGAUGGACCGUAUACAUCCCCCGGUGCAGGUGAACUACAUCGUAAGACCCAACCAGUCCACGGUUGAACUGCAGGACAUUGUGUGCGAGCUGGGCAUCUUCGGCGUUGUCAUUGGAGAUGAAAAGCAAAUUCUGACCAACAGACAAGUCGGCCACAUGCUACGAAGUAAGCUCAGCUCUGCGAACGAGGGAGGAGUGGCUGCAGGGGUCGGGGCUUUGGACAGUCCUUACCUAACCUAACUGUCUAUUACAUUUUCACCGAUUGUAUACAUUGUUAUUUGUUAUAUUUUAUACAGAUUAUACAAUAAUUUUAUUGCAGUUAUUUUAAAUCAAUACAGAAUAUAUUUUUAACUACAGUA